UCAGAUUCAGAUCCAGAAGAAAUCCAUCGUCGUCCAUUCUAAACGCGCACUACAACCCUCGACUCAAACCCCUCCAAGCUCUGGUGUUCUCGUUAAUCUACCAGCCCCUCCGCCAUUACGAUUUCCUUCUUCUUCUUCUUCUUCUUCUUCUUCUUCUUCUUCUUCUUCUUCUUCUUACUUUCUGAUCUUCCCCACGAUCAAGGACUCUAAUUCGAACACGGGAGAUAGGCCGAUCCCCCGGGGAGAGCUUUCUUUGGACUUGCCAAGAUGCCUCUGAGACUCGAAAUCAAGAGAAAAUUUGCUCAGAGGUCGGAGAGGGUGAAAUCUGUAGAUCUCCAUCCAACCGAACCAUGGAUUCUGGCGAGCUUGUAUUCUGGAACAGUGUGUAUCUGGAAUUAUCAGACACAGGCGAUGGUAAAAUCUUUUGAGGUCACUGAAUUGCCAGUUAGGUCAGCUAAGUUUAUCGCACGCAAGCAAUGGGUUGUGGCUGGAGCUGAUGACAUGUUUAUUCGUGUCUACAACUACAACACUAUGGACAAGAUCAAAGUAUUUGAGGCUCAUACUGAUUACAUUAGGUGUGUGGCUGUCCAUCCCACCCUUCCAUAUGUGCUGUCCUCAUCGGAUGACAUGCUUAUCAAGCUUUGGGAUUGGGAGAAGGGUUGGGCAUGCACUCAGAUUUUUGAAGGCCAUUCCCAUUAUGUCAUGCAAGUGACCUUUAACCCCAAGGACACUAAUACUUUUGCUAGUGCAUCGCUUGACCGUACCAUAAAGAUAUGGAACCUUGGUUCACCAGAUCCAAAUUUUACUUUGGAUGCGCAUCAGAAAGGGGUUAACUCUGUAGACUACUUUACUGGUGGGGAUAAGCCAUACCUUAUCACCGGGUCUGAUGAUCAUACUGCUAAGGUAUGGGACUACCAAACAAAGAGUUGCGUUCAGACACUUGAAGGUCACACACACAAUGUCUCUGCUGCAUGUUUCCAUCCAGAGCUUCCAAUCAUUAUUACGGGCUCUGAGGAUGGCACAGUCCGCAUAUGGCACUCCACCACUUACAGGCUUGAGAACACGUUGAACUAUGGCCUUGAGAGGGUUUGGGCUGUCGGAUACACAAAAGGUUCUCGUCGGGUGGUGAUUGGGUACGAUGAAGGGGCCAUCAUGGUGAAACUUGGUCGUGAAAUUCCAGUGGCUAGUAUGGAUAACAGUGGAAAAAUUAUAUGGGCCAAACACAAUGAGAUACAGACUGUGAACAUCAAAAGUAUCAGUGCAGAUGAGGUCACUGAUGGUGAGAGACUGCCUUUGGGUGUUAAAGAGUUAGGGACUUGUGAUCUCUAUCCUCAAAGCUUGAAGCACAACCCCAAUGGUAGGUUUGUAGUUGUUUGUGGAGAUGGUGAGUACAUCAUCUACACUGCCUUGGCGUGGAGAAAUAGGUCAUUUGGAUCAGCACUGGAAUUUGUUUGGUCGUCUGAGGGUGAAUAUGCCGUCAGGGAAAGCACAUCAAAGAUUAAGAUCUUCAGCAAGAACUUCCUGGAAAAGAGGACUGUGCGGCCUACUUUCUCGGCGGAGCACAUUUUUGGUGGAACCUUAUUGGCAAUGUGCUCAAGUGAUUUUAUCUGUUUCUAUGAUUGGGCUGAAUGUAGGUUGAUUCGUCGGAUUGAUGUUACUGUCAAAAAUCUUUACUGGGCUGACAGUGGUGAUCUAGUUGCAAUUGCCAGUGAUUCAUCAUUCUACAUCCUUAAGUACAAUCGGGACGUUGUUUCCUCUUAUUUAGAUGGUGGACAACAAAUGGAUGAGGAAGGCAUUGAGGAUGCUUUUGAGCUUCUCCAUGAAACCAAUGAACGUGUUCGGACUGGUUUGUGGGUGGGAGAUUGUUUUAUUUACAACAACUCUUCAUGGAGGCUUAAUUACUGUGUUGGUGGCGAGGUAACCACAAUGUAUCAUUUGGACCGUCCCAUGUACUUGUUGGGUUAUUUAGCCAACCAAAGCCGGGUUUAUUUGAUUGACAAAGAGUUCAAUGUUAUUGGGUACACCUUGCUUCUAAGUUUGAUUGAGUACAAGACUCUUGUGAUGCGGGGAGACUUGGAGAAGGCCAAUCAAGUAUUACCUUCAAUCCCCAAGGAGCAUCAUAACAGUGUUGCUCGCUUCUUGGAAUCACGUGGUAUGGUUGAAGAUGCAUUAGAAGUUGCUACUGACCCUGAUUAUAGAUUUGAGUUGGCCAUACAAUUGAGUAGAUUAGAGGUUGCAAAGGAAAUUGCUGUAGAAGCACAAAGCGAGUCUAAAUGGAAGCAACUGGGGGAAUUAGCUAUGUCAACUGGGAAGUUGGAAAUGGCGGAGGAAUGCAUGAAGCAUGCUAUGGAUUUGAGUGGUCUUCUGCUGCUUUAUUCUUCCUUGGGAGAUGCAGAAGGAUUGGCUAAGCUUGCUGACCUUGCUAAAGAGCAAGGAAAGAACAAUGUCUCUUUCCUUUGCUUGUUCAUGUUGGGUAGAUUGGAGGACUGUCUGCAGCUGUUGGUGGAAAGCAAUCGGAUACCUGAAGCUGCUUUAAUGGCACGAUCUUAUCUUCCGAGCAAAGUCCCUAAGAUUGUAUCAUUAUGGAGAAACGACCUUAGCAAGGUAAAUGCAAAGGCUGCUGAAUCUUUGGCUGAUCCUGAAGAGUAUCCCAAUCUUUUCGAGGACUGGCAGCUUGCUCUAUCUGUUGAAGAACGAGCUGCAGAGACAAGGGGUGUCUAUCCUCCUGCCGAGGAGUAUAUUAGCCAUGCAGACAGAAGUCACAUAACCUUGGUGGAAGCUUUUAGAAAUAUGCAAAUUGAAGAGGAGGAGGCUCUUGAAAAUGGGGAUGUUCAUGAAGAGCCGGUUGGUGGUGAUCAACAUGAACAUGAGGGAGAUGACAGUAACGUGGAGCAACAAAAUGGGGAAGAAGGAAGUCAAGAGGAGGCCGUGGUGGUGGAUGCUGAUUCUACAGAUGGCGCUGUGCUUGUUAAUGGGAAUGAAUCUGAAGAUCAGUGGGGUACGAAUAAUGAAGGAACCCCAUCAGCCUAAUAGCGUUUGUGGCCAAGGGGCAGUGUGAAAAUCCAAAUUUUGUCUGUUCUCACACCACAGCAGUAGUUUCAGCAAAGAGGACACAUACUGGCUUUGAAGUGAUAUUCACUUGCCAUUCUUCAUAGACCACAUAUGUAUAAGAAGCAGCAGCAGCAGCAGCAAACCCCAUCAGAGUCACCGGUAAAAACUGUUCUGCAUGCAUAUAUAUAUAUAGAGAGAGAGAGAAGGGUAUCCAUUCAUUCUUUGAAACAGAGCCUCGCUUCUCUCUCUCUCUCCUAGUUUCAAACUGGAGAUUGGUUCUAUUGUAGGUUAUCGUUUUCUGCUCGAGUGGUUCAGAACCAGAACAGUGGGAAUUUGCAUUUCUGUUUUUGUACCCGGGAAUGAUACUUUAAUUUUAAACCACCAUGUUUGUCAAGACUUGAGAUGAGAGUUAAAUCCGGUGCUUCAUUUUCUAAAACGUUUGUAGUUUCUAGAAUAAAGCUUUGCAUGUAAGGUC